AGAUAUUUCAGGAGUGAAAGCCAUGCCAUACACUGUUAGCGGCGACACUGAAGCGCGUUUGAACUGAAGCCAUCAUGUAUUUCGUAGGUUUGGAAUAUUUCAUGUAUGUAUGACGAUUAACACUUGAUGGACAGUGGAUGGAUUAACGUCUUGAAAAACUGGACGUGUGGUAAAGUGACCAGAUCUAGUGAUAUUUCACAGCUUCCUAUGAGGAAAAUGCUACACUUUUGAGACAGGAGGCAAACAUGAGCUCAAACGUCCAGGAGUUAUUUCAUGAAAAUGCCCAGGGCUCUCAGAUGAAUGCUCAGCCAUGGUGGAAGGUGAAGCUGUUUGUGUGGGAGCCUGUCCUGUUUGGCACCUGGGAUGGUGUCUUCACAACAUGCAUGAUCAACAUUUUUGGCGUAGUGCUUUUUCUCCGCACUGGAUGGCUUGUAGGUAAUACUGGGGUGCUGCUGGGCAUGCUCCUGGUGUCACUGGUUGUGCUGGUUGCUCUGGUGACAGUUAUGUCAGGUGUGGGUGUAUGUGAACGGUGUACUGUGGGCAAUGGGGGCGUAUAUUCCAUGAUCUCCAUGGUUCUCGGAGGGAGAGUCGGAGGCACUGUCGGACUCCUCUAUGUGUUCGGGCAGUGUGUAGCUGGGGCCAUGUACAUCACUGGCUUUGCGGAGUCCAUAGCCGAGGUGCUGACUGUGCAGAGUGUUUGGGCUGUCCGCGGGAUCUCUGUGGCUGUCCUCCUAGCCCUGCUUGGGAUUAACUUGGCUGGAGUAAAGUGGAUUGUCCGGCUGCAGCUCAUCCUGUUGGCCAUCCUUGCUGUAUCUACUCUGGAUUUUAUCAUUGGAACCUUCAGCCAUUUGGAUCCAGAGCAUGGAUUUGUUGGAUAUUCUGAAGAGCUUUUAUGGACAAACACUCUGCCUGACUACACAGCUGGAGAAACUUUCUUUACUGUGUUUGGUGUUUUCUUUCCUGCUGCUACAGGUGUGAUGGCGGGGUUCAACAUGAGUUCAGAUCUUCAUAAGCCAGAGCACAGCAUACCUUUGGGGACCCUUGCAGCUGUGUUCACCUCGUGGUUCCUGUACCUCGUUUUUGUAUUCUUGCUGGGAGCCAUCUGUACCAGAGACGGUCUACGCUAUGAUUUCUUAAUAGCAGAAAAGGUCUCCUUGGUGGGUUUCCUGUUCCUGUUGGGCCUCUAUGUCUCCUCCCUGGCCUCUUGCAUGGGUGGUCUGUACGGAGCACCCAGGGUCCUGCAGUGCAUCGCCCAAGAGAGAGUUAUCCCAGCUCUGUCUUUCCUGGGACAUGGGAAGGGUCCAAAUAAAACUCCAGUAGCAGCCAUCUGUCUAACAAGCUUAAUCUCCAUGGCCUUCAUCUUCAUUGGUCAGGUCAACAUACUGGCUCCUAUUGUUACCAUUAACUUCAUGCUGACCUACAGCAUCAUCGACUACUCCUAUUUCAGCGUAGCCAUGAGCUACAAGCUACAAGUUAAGGAAAGAAGGCCUCUUAUUGAAAAGCCCUGCGCUAGAAAAUCACUAGUAACAACCAAUCACCCAUGUUAUGGCAGCAAUGGCACUCUGAGCAAGCGCAGCAAUGGCACACUGCUUGAGUUCACUAAAGACAUGGACCAGAUAUUUACAUUGCCUGGUGCAGACAGUACAGAGGAAGAGAAAGCUUCCAAUCAUGUAGCCAAGGUCUGGGGCAGGAAGGCAAAAGUUCCUGCUAAAGAAACACUGAGCAGUAGUUUUGGACUGGACUUGAACAGCAACAGCCCAUCAGAGAAGGAAAAGGAUGAGAAAGCGUUUGAACAAAACAUUGGCCCAGAUGAUGAGACCAGCAGUCAGACAGGGCUUAUCGAGUCUGAGCCAGGAGGGAAGAGGAAACUGUCUCUGCCUACUCAAAGUCCUAUUGAACUCAAUCAGAUAUCAGGGGAGACAUCAGACACCAAUGACACAAAACCUAAACUGGAGGGAUCGGAUAUUCGACCAGUCUCGAAUUCAUGUUAUGCCAAGUUCUGCAAUCACUGGGUUUCCUUAAUUGGUGCUCUGUGCUCCAUUUUGAUAAUGUUUGUCAUCCAGUGGGUAUAUGCCUUGGUGAAUAUUAGUGUUGCCCUCCUCCUUUAUCUCUACAUAGGAAACACAAGUCCAGGUUUACCAACAGGUAUAGCAGCACGUUUCAGCUUUUACCGCUGGAUAAAGAGUUCUCUGAGCAGCCUGAGCAGGCCACAACAAGUGCUUCAAGACCAGAUUGUGGUGACACCAUCUUUGUCAGCAGUUGACAUGGAAACCAGGCAGUUGACGGAGGAAAACACAGACUUUGCCUUGCGAGACCGCUAUCACCAUUCGUCCAUCAUCACCACCAAAGAAGAGAUGGUUCAUCCUCAGCUCCAUUAACCAGCCUCAUUCUCCUUAGACUGGCCCUGAUAUAAUCCAGAUGAUUUAGGAUAAAUUUACAAUAAUUAUUGACAAUAAGUGUCAGUAGCUGGUCUUUGAUUGGCACUUCUCCUCAGAAGUGUCUUCAUGACUACUUGUUUGAAAACUGUAUAAAUACACAUUGUUUUGAUGGCUAUAAUCCCUUGAGAGGGGUCUGACUUGGAUGAUGUAACAAUGUGGAUGAUGCUUGUGCCUGAUUAGAAGUAUCACAAUUUGCCAGCUGAAUUUAUGUUGUCCAAUUGAACUUUUCAAUUAUUCAUCUUCAGUAUAUUGCUUAUUCUAGUAGGGAUUGUGGGGGAGCCUGUACAGGGAACACUAUUUAUUUAUGAGGCAUGAGAACACAAUGUUUGGGAAGCAAAGAGUCUUUUACAUGCUUAUUCACACAGAUAGGGGCAGUCUAGCUACCUGUGUGAAAUUCCAAACAGACAGUAUCCUAAGCCCAGGACUGAACCAGGAAGCUGUGAAGUAUGGCAUUUCUUUCAGUAUACCAUGACUGUGUUCUCACCUGGGAAAUCAGAAGGAUGUGAAAUGACAAUUUAUAAGAAGUGCAAUAGAAACUAGAAUUCAACAUUAUUAUAAUUAUAGUAUGUGAAAUUCUUUAUAGGCCACAUGUUAUUUAUAUUUAAAUAGAUGGGUGUUUGUACAGUAUGGCAGAUAAAGAUAGAAAUAUGUUACUCAUUUGCAGUCUUCAGCUGCAUGUUAAAUUACAGAGACAUAUUUUUGUAAUGUUUGCUAAUCAAAAAUAACCUGUAAUGGCCUUAUAAACAUAACUGAAACUAUGCAAAUUAAGCAUACGCAAAGAAAAUGAUCAUGUUUCAAAAUCAUAUACCCACUCCACAUCUUUGGUUAUGCACACUCUGACUAUGUUUCUGCAGUAAAACUCGCCUUGUUAAGAAAAUUGCAGGGUUUCUGUCAGAAGUGCUCUUAAAAUUGAUCUAAAAUACAAUGUUAGUCAUUUGAAUUGGUUGAAAGUAAUAUUUCACUUAUAGAAUCACAUUCUCUGUAUUAGCUCCCAAAUGAAACAUUAUUAAUAACUAAUAAAGUACUUCAAUUAUAUAACAGUC